GGAAAAUAAAUGAGAUAAAUGAGCUAAAGGCCACAAUUAGCCGGUACAGAUCUGAUGACAGUUUGGACAGGAUCUCAGACAGACAUGAUGCUGCUAAAACAUAUAAGGCCAAAACCUUGGAUAACCAACUAACCAAUAGAAAUAUGUCCGCAUUUAGAUCACCAGAAGCAACAAAAAUGCGACCUGGAGGUUUUGUCAGUCUGCACACCACCAGCACCCUCCCUUCCACCCCUGCUACAACCCCUGUAAAGAAAAAGAGACAGUCCUGGUUUCCACCGCCCCCUCCAGGAUAUAAUGCCUCUCCAAGCACAGGAGCAAGCAGAAGGGAACCAGGUGUUCACCCUCCAAUACCGCCAAAGCCCAGUUCUCCUGUUUUAUCUCCUAACCAGCUGAGACGGGAUAAUAGGCAGAUUUGUCCACCUAAAGCAAGUGUAUAUACAGAAACCAACAGAUCUGCUGAAAGAAAUAUAAGUCGUCAGGAUCUGGAGAACAUUGUCAAAGUGGCUACUUCACUUCAGAGAACUGACAAGGGUGAAGAAUUGGAUAAUAUAAUCAAAAUGAACAAAAGCUUGAAUAGAAAUCAAGGUCUUGAUGGCAUCUUCAGAACAACUCCUAAGGCAGAGCAAAUAGAGAAAAGAGCCCAAAGCCUUGACAGUCUCCUCUUUCUGAAUAGCCGGCCAAACAAAGAUGGCAAAGGAAACCAAACUCUCUACAGUGUCGUUAAAGAAAACCCCAGAACAGUCAAGAAUGACAAAGGAAACCAAGGCCUUGGGAGUUUUAUCCAAGUUAAUCAAAGGGCUGACCAGUAUGAGAAAGGAAAACAAGACCUCAAUGGGCGAAUUAAAGUGAGUCCUGAAACAAAUAAAAAUAUCAAGAGGGGCCAGAGUCUUGACAAUCUCAGCAGAGUGACCCCUGAAGUGAACAGAAGUAACUCAGGUUCCAGAGACCUUGAUAACCUCAUCAAAGUGAAUCCAAGAACAGACAAAAGUGUGCAAGGGUGCCAAAGUGUUGCCAGCCUCAUCAAGGUGGCUCCUGAAACAAACAGAACUAACCAAAGGAACCAGGACCUGAACGAUCUUAUCAAAGUGAGCCCCUCGGCAAACAAAAGGUAAGCUUAUUAAGAUUUU